AUGGGGUCGAGCACAAGAUAUGCGGGUAAAGCUACCCUUGUGGUGACAGAGGACACUGGUGGCAGUAUGCUCUUGCCGAUAACUGAAGGCCAUAUGCAGUUAUCGGGCUAUCUUGGAGCAACUUUAUUGUCCUCUGAGGGUGGGAUUACUUCUUGGCGAGACUUGAUGAAGGUGCUCGAAAAGGAUGAUACACUGAAGAGAUAUCUACCACCGUAUUGCUGUGGACCAUGGAAUGAUAAGGAUGAUAUAAUCGAUGAUUGGAGUGGUCUCUGUGAGGAGUAUCAUCAAGUGUGCUGUAAGUGGAUGAUAGAGGCCGAUAACAUGUCCAAGAUGCCCGACUACUGUUAUCAUGAUCUUGGUGGGCUAUACCUAGAUGAUUACCGAAAAGUGUUGCACGACAUGAUGGAUGAUAUGAGGUCCGAGAGGGUCACUAAACAACUGCUACGAUGGGGAGGUGCCAUCCGUGGUAUUCCAUCAGUUCAGCUUGGGAAGAUAUCAGUUCACCUUAUUAUACAAGAGGAUAGGGUUGAGAUCUUAGGGACUUCUGAAGGGAUCUUCCUAGACCAUGUGCCAACCUGUGCCUUGAUACCACAUUGUACUCGCUUGAGGGGCAAGGACGAUAGCUUUGUGGAGGACCUGGGUCGGCGGGUGGGGGAGUUGUUGAGCCAGAGAGGGCUACGAGGAUAUGCCAGCGUCGAUAUGGUCAUCUUUAUGAAUCCUAAUUUCGAUGAGAACCUCCUCAUAUGCUCUGGUGAUGACGAGUUCGAUGUGGAAAUGGAAGAUGGGAUAUUCGCGGCAUUAAGAAGUGCCGAGGCGCUAUGUAUCGAUCGAUCAAUCGAUAAUGUGGAAGAUCAUAGUGAUGCCUCUCGAAUGAGUAAUGAUGAUGUUGAUAAUGAAGCCAUGAAGAAGAAACACUACAAUAGACGAAUCACCAUGGUAGAUGGUAGUAGGUUGGAUGUAGUUAUCUGCUCAAUCCUCGUAGAUAUCAAACAAUAG